CAGAAUGCACUCUUAUACGGCUUCAAAAUGGCGGAAACCAUGGAAUUUUUGAUGUGCCAGUCUGCCCCAUGGUGUUGAAAACAAAAUGUUCAAAGGCAGAAAAGUGACUGACCCAGUUGUGCAGGGUAUUGGGGCCAGCGCCUAUGACAACAAGACAGAUCUAAAUAAAGCAUGGGACACUGUUGGAAAGGCAAAAUCAGAGUUACGUAAGAUCGAACAUCGCCUGGAUGAGGUGGAGCGAUAUCACGUGCCCUCGAUGCUGAACCAGACAGGGGAGACCAGCAUUACUGACUAUGGCCCAUCAGACAUGAACACAACCUUCAAUGUUAGCGAGCAAUACCCUUCAGCAGUGCUUGUUGACAACUAUGGAAGAUCUGCCUAUCUGAAGUCCAAGACACAGAAUUCAAGAAAAGUUAGCCGCCUUGAGGACAAGUACAGUGAAGACCAAGAUGAACUCAAGGAAAUCAGGAAGAAGUCGUCUACAAGAAAACAAGAGCAUAAAGCCGCCAACACAAGAGUAAAACCACAGUCGCUGCAACUACAAGAGAAGAAAUAUGGUAACCAUGACAAUCUUGACCAAGGUCAUAGCCUUAGAAACAAAGUGACAGGCAACAGACAUGUGGAGUUUUCAGACCAUGUCCAUUUGCGAAGCAAUCAUAACACAGUGAACAAUGGCUAUCACUUGGACAGUAGCGAGGAACAAUCCACUUUGACAAAUUCACGGGACAUAAGGGAAACAGAGAUUAAUUUUCUUAAUAACAAUUUGACACGAAAUUUACAUGCACUCUCCAGUGAUGAUCGAGGAUUGACCCAUGUGAGUGUGACCGUACCUGGGGCGACCAAUCAGAAAACUGCAUUCAGUAGCAGAUCAGGAUCAAAUAGGAAAUCUGGUGCAGACCCAAAGUCACAAUUUCUCGAUCUUGUUUCGGAAUCGCCAGAGAUGGAUGGGCGGAUAUCAGAUGCAUCACAUUCGGAUAGCGAAUCUGGACGCUCGCGGAAAUUCAAAGGGAUUAAAAAUCUAGACCCAGAUGGCCUACUGAAGAUUAAGGAGACCAUUCGGAAACAGCAGAGCAAGUCUGCGGCCGCUAACAGAGACGCCUGGGAGGACAUGCAGGGGGCAGCAGCCCCGGGGAACACUGACCCUGUCAUACAACCUCUCCCCCAGCGGCACCUGCAUGACCCCUACGAACCCAUCCUGCCACGCCCCCUGGACCUCAUUGAAGGGGCUGAAAAGGCCCCUAAAGUGAGGAAGAUUGCAGCAGGUCCUGCAGCCCCUACUUACAAAGGUUUUAGUGAGGCUGAGGUGAAAUAUCGUCUUGUGGAGAGCAAGGGGGGCAAGCAGACUGAUGGCUCUCAUAAGGACAAGAAACGGCAAAUGAAACGAACUGAACCACUGGGCACUUGGCUUACAGUGGAAGAAACGGAAGGCAAGAACAAAAAGAUAACCAGAGUUAUUGCCCCUUCUAAGAAAGCAUUGAAACAACAACCACAGCCAAAAAAUAAAGAGAUCAUCACUACCUCUUCAUGGAGGGCUGGACAAGAACUGAUCUUGAGAGAGUUGGGUCCAGCAAAGAAAUCAGGCUCCAAGUCGGCAAAACACAGAGACCUAGAUCUGGACCAUGACGAUGCAUGCUCUCCAUAUGAUGACAGACCGGAGACCCAGGGUGGGGACGAUCUUAUUGGGGGUGGGGCUACAGCGGCUGAGAUACAGCACCACAAGGCAUUGUCAGAGGAGGCACGGAGAGUAUACAGUGACCUACACAUGGAUGAUGAAGACGGACGACAGCGAACAACGAGCGAGAAAGAACGACACUGGAAGGCCCCUACAAAACGAAAAGCACCGAAAAACACUGAUAAGGACACCCAGCAGCAGCCCUGUGCCAAGCAGCGACACUACGAUGCCGACCAGAUCCGGCGGUACAUGCAGCGGCAGCGGGCUGACAGGGUCCGCCAACAGAAAGAGGAGGAAUCCCGUCGGCGCGAGGAGGACGAGGCCAGACGCAGACAGCUUGAGGAGUUGUACAACAAACAGAAGCAGGCGUCAGCGUCGGCGGCCGCACAUGGCGGGAAGAAGGAGAAAAACAGACAGAAACAGGUGUUAGAGGCAAUGCAGGCAGCUGGCUUGGUGACAGACAUGGGAAAACAUACCAGCACUGUACAUGACAGAGCACGAUUCAUGUUUGGGGAGGACAAGGAGAAUGUGUCGGAGGGUGAGGGAGAGGACAUGGAGGUCAGUGACAGCAGCUCCACACUGACUGGGGACGCCUCUGACCUAGAGACCCCCACUGCUACACUGCUCAGAAACAAAAUGGACAUAGAUGGUGUCAGUAAUUCUCGGACACUCAACACCAAAGACGUGUUGAAACCAUUGCGACAAAAAAACAUUGACCUCCCAGAACCCCCUGCCAGUAAUGCACGAACAUUCCUUGGUGAUCUGUCAAUCGACGUCAACAGUGUUACCUCAAAAUUCACGCAAGCUCUUCAGGAAAAACUGAACACCGAACCGCGAUCACUGUCCGGUAGAUUUAAUGGUUUGAACGGUGAAGAUAAUUAUUUAAGUGAUCUGGGUCGAUUGCAUGAUGGCGGUGCGCGGAGUCGGGCAGAGCGCAUACAGGCCAUCAAAGACACUGCGGCCACACUGCAGAACAGGCUGAAGGAGGAGGCCAGGAAGAUACAGGCGCAGUCUGUUACUCAUUCAGAUGAAAAUGGUGCUAGCAAACCCUCGGUGCGGUGGAACGAUGCAGACGUGCGAACACGCGACAGGGAGGAGGAAUUUAUGUCUCGCUACGAACGUGUUACUGCUGCAAACGACAAGUUCUCCGUAUUUACUUCAAAUCUUCCAGGCUCACAACCACGAUCUGUGCAACCAGAGCCAUCGGGUCCCAGCCCUGAAGCUAUAAAACCCUCAAAACACACCUCAAACAGGGUACCAGACAAAAUAGACGACACUAUCACUGAGACAUCAACGUUCAGUGAGAUAACGCUCACAGACGAGUCAGACUCGGACGAUUUGAUGGGACGAAAGAUUGGUACUGGUCUUAGAAAGACCGAGUACCAUGUUGGAUCAUCAAAGUCAGACUUGUCAAGCAAACCCCUGAACAUCCCCCCACCCACACAACCCGUCGUCAAGGCCAGUAACUCCUGGGAGAGCCCAUCAGUGGACGACUACAAUGUGUUCAGUAUAUACUCCCGGCGACAACAAGAGAGAAUUAUAAGGCCCGGUCGAGAGCCCAUGUCCAAAAAGAAGCCCACAGUCUCGGCAGUCUCAGAGUCAGAUUUGAAGGCCGCAAGGUCACAUGACCAGUCUGCAGCCCCGCAGCCCAAGCCCAGAGGGGCCCGGAGUACGUCCCCUGGGCUGGGGUCAAGGUCACAGCCCGUCGAACCUUUACGUACCCUGAGCUCUUCGGAACGAACAAAGUCCCAGCCAAGGUUUACUGCUGAUACCGAGGAGGACGAGGAAACUUUACAUGAGGAGUCCUACACACAGUCCUUUGAAAGUGAGGAAAUUACCAAACACAGGAGUAUAUCUGAGAAGAACGCAGCAGCCUUGAGUCAGAAAAGUUUGCCAUCCACAUUGAAAACUGCGUCUGCCAGAGUGUCAUCAAGGAAACCAGACAGAAUGUCUCCAGAUGUUGAAUCAAGUAUCAACGAAGAAUUCUCUCAGGAUGAAGCCACUCCACGCGCUGACAUAGCUCCUGCCAUAGGCCAAGCGCCGUCUGAUCCACCGCGUCUCUCCCCGACCUCCCUGGAACAGAAGUUCUACUCAGCGCUCAACGACCUUGAAACCAUGGAGAUGUCAAUCAAGCAGCUCACCACAGUCGACCGAACCCGCGCGGUCGCCAUGGCACAACAGGAGACUGUGUCACUGGCACAGAUGUUGAAGGCCAAGCAGCAGGCACAUGAGUUACAGAUGAAGGAGAUCCAGUUGAAGGCACAGGCUGAGGCCAAUGAGUCCACCAAGCAACUCGAGGACUACAGGAAACGUGCCUCUGAGUCUGUCUUCACGGCUGCAGAUGAGAUUGCCAAGGCUCGAGGCGAGGGCUCUACAUUGUCUGAGACCACAAAGAAGUUGAUAGAGAGCCAGACAGAAGCAGUCAAGGCUCUCACAGAUGCGGUCAAGGCUACGGUGCCUGGCGUGGAUGGGGCAAGAGCCAAGCCUCGUGUUGAGAAGUCACGAGAACACGAGGAGACUGAAAGCCAAGCCAACUACUCCAUGGAUGAUUCACUGACCGAGGACGAGUCUUUCUUUGCCAUCCUGCCAUCACAGAGUCACAGAAAGAAGGGGAAGCAACACCACUCUGACAAUGAAUCAGUCACCUCUGAAGCUUCGUCAACUCGUAUCCUAGACCACCAUGACUUUCACUCACUGUUUGCGGGUGAGGAGGGUUUUGACAAGUUCACAGAGGAGAUGGUACGACAGUUUAUGAAGGAAGAGGAGCUUAGGGCACAUCAUCAGGCGUCAUUGCUACGGUUACGUGAGAAUGCAUUGCUGGAGAAGACCAAGGCAGAGCUCCAGUGGUUGGAGCAGCAGAAGCAGCACAUUCGGAACAAGGGGGCGGAUGACGCCUACCCUCAGAUCAAGAAACGACAACGAGGGCUCAAGAUGAAACUGCAAGAGCAGCAGGAUGAAAUACGACGUCUGCGCGAGGAAAACAAAGCAGCCGCGAAAGAAAGGCAGCGAAAACUGUACGAGGAGAUCAGUAAACGACAGGCUGCAAGGUCAAAGGCUACCAAGGUCACUGAAGGUCAGGCAGGGGUUAAAGGUCGCUUAGCCAGGCCGGCAGACGUUCACACGGAGGCAGAAUUCAGUUCAUAUGACGAGGGUUCUGACGCUGAUAAGCAACGGAAGAAGAGCUCCAAGUCGGACUCUGAGAUGAACACAGAGCCAAAGUCCACAGCACGGACUCCCAGACAUGAGUCUGUGCUCCUUGAGAGAUUCCAGAAGAAUUACCUGGACGAAAGGAACCUGACCCAGCGUCAGAGCCGUCUGAUGGACCGCAGGAAGAACGCAGAGGAGCUCCUCAAGUGGAAGAAGAUACUGGACGCAGAGGAGGCGAGAGUCUACAAGCUGGAGAAAAAGGCACUGAAAGUGUGGGACACAAAGGACAAGGAUGCCAGCAGCAAGAAGGAUCCCAGUUUCAGAGAUCCCAGUUUGAGGGAUUCAAGUGUCAGAGAUCCCAGUUUUAGGGAUCCAAGUCUCAGAGAUCCCAGUCUAAAAGAUCCCAGUCUGAGCACAGCCAUCACAAGCAGACACGAGACUGAUAAGCCCUCCAGCAGGAAAGACACUGCAACCACAAAGGAAUCCACAAUCAAGACCGUGAGUGCGGUCAGUGUCUCACACGACCAUGACACGACAGCGGUCUCCGAGAACAUCACGACGGCCCGUGACGAGUCACUCUACACGAGUAUUAAGGAGGACCUUCCGACCGCGAGUGUGGAGGAGUCGAGUCGUGACAAGCACUCGACCCUGAUGAACGACUCGAGUAACCGGAAGAACCACAACCGCAGCGGUAGUGAGAGUAGCGUGAUGGAGGAGAUACAGUCACAAAGCAGUGUGGAGGAUUCUAAGAGAAUGAACGACUCCAGUGAUGACACAAUGACCCACAGCUACAACAAUGAGACGUUUGAAGACACCACCACACAAACACGCACCACUCCGCGCAGCAAUGGCAAAAAAGCAGCAGGUGCCCCCAAGUCCCCGCUGGACAACCUCAAGAAGCAGAUGCCGGGGCUGUCGUCCCCCAGAUCUCCCAAGAGCCUCUUCUCUCACCGCAGUCAGACCAAGACCUCCGAGAGCGAGUCAGAAGACUCCUUCUCUGAUACUAAGUCUGUAUCAGAAUUGAGUGACUUUGAGGGUCGUAUUAGAGCACUCAACGAGGAGCUUCGGAAACGAAAGACCGAGGCAGAAAAGUUGAAACGAGAACGCAAACGUAAGAAGAAGGAACAUAUGAAGAACAAAGAGGAGACCCUGAAGAAACAGAUCGAGGCAUACGACAGCCAGAUCAAGACCCUGCGUUCAGAGCUGCGUAAGGAGAUCAACCAGGAGCCCAGCACGGUCCACACAGUGCGGCCCCAGAUCAAGAAACCCCAGGUGGUCAGCCCCUCGGCCAAGGGGCCCAAGACAACCCCAACCAAGCCUGCACAGACUGGGCUCGAUGGCAGUGAGCCGGAGUCUGCACAAGUCUCGCCUGUUAGCGUUGAAGACUCCAAGUCGACACCUCCCAAAACACCAACAACAUCCACGAGCAAAGUCUCAAAGUCACUGGACCGCAUCUCGGAGGGCAGUGAAUCAGCGACCUCACGGUCUGAAAGGACCGAAUCUUCGUUCAGAGAAAAGAUGCAAAGCAUAAAGGACCUGGUCAGUGACAUUGAUAAGACAGAGGAGAUUGAGGAGGAAGUCGUGUCAGAAGAGAUCUUAGAGGCGUCUGAGGCCUCUGACGAAAAGUCAGGAAUUGAGAUAGAUCUCCAUAGCAACCGUGACAUUUGGGAGGUCAGUGUGCAGUCAAGGGGGCCAGAGAAAUCAGAGUACGAUUAUUCAGAAGAUUUUAUCACUGAAGGGCCAAACACCACGCAACGUGAUAAGUCACACCUCAGCCUGCGCAGUGAGCAGAGUGAGAUUGCAGAGGAUGUUUUCUCACAGACAAGGCUUGACACUGCGCGUUCGACGGCGGAAAUUUCUGAAGCGAUUUCGGAAAGACUUCCGACAGCGUCAGCCUCUGAGUCGUUUGUGAAUAAACUUGACCUCAAUGUAGGUAAACAGGAAAAGGAACAGAGUGGGGCCAAUGAAGAGGAAAGUGAUGCUGAAAAUGAGAGGUCUUCCAUCAUUGGGUCUUCUCGCCCGUCCAGUGGGAGAAGUGAACGCUCUCAAUUCUCGUCAGUGACUUACACCACAGAACAUGAGACAUCCGAAUCUGAGAAAUCACCUGGUCUUCCGAAUGAAAAGGAUUUCGAAGAGGAGGACGUCAGUUUGCAGGAAGUUAAUACAAAGACUGCCAAAGCGUAUACUGGGACUUCCUUUGACAUUGACGAUCUACUGGGAACACCCGAGGAGUUAACUCCCAUGCCGUCUCCUCGAGAUGAGUCUUCGAGAGGGCACAGCCAGAGCUCCAGGAUGAGUCACUUCUUCGACCCCUUGGGAGAUUUUGAAAUCGGUGAUCAAGUUUCAUUGACUGCCCCAAGUGGCGAGAGAACUGUUGGUACAUUGUUGUUUAAGGGUAACGUGCAGUUUGCUCCCGGCGUGUGGGCAGGAGUUGAACUGGAGGAACCGGAGGGUAGACAUGACGGAAUUGAGGACGGGGUGAGGUAUUUCAUGUGCAAAGCAAGGCACGGCUUGAUUGUUCCUGGACAUGAUAUUCAGCAGGUGAUCCCUGAAGAGAUAGUGGACGAGGAGGAGGAAAAGGUGGAUGUAAGGGCGAGUAUUGACAGCGUGAACACAGAGGAUGGGGAACUCUUAAAGAUGAUUAUGGAAGCAGACAAGCGUGUUCAGGAGUUUGGUGAGUCUCCAUUGCCAUCACCCAGGGAGCCUGCGCCAGGCAAGACCAGCAAGGAAAUUCUCGCAGAGAAAGCUGAGAAAAUCACAGACGAUCUGUUUAAACGUUUGCUUACGGAGGAGGUGAAACUGAUGACUGGGAAUAAAUCUGGACAUACUGGCACGGGUAAAAAGGGGCCACCUGUUGCACCGAAACCAAAGUCUAGAACUGUGCCGGAAUCGCAAAUUACUGACAAGGCCAACCAUGUUGAUAUGGAUUUAGAGGAAUUCUUAAAAUCUGAGAAAGAGGUGUCAGACCAUGACCAAUUCCCAGACUCGUAUGUGGAUAGUGAACGUAUAGCACCCGUGGCUGUUCAGCCUGUGCCUGUACCUGCUCCAGUGGGUAGAACUGACAACGAUUCCACCAGCGAUUCUAUGAUCACAAACUUCCUGAAUGAAGCAAUCGGGGAUAUAUUUGCUAUUCGCAGCAGAAAACGAGAGCAAGCUGAGAGGGGAGAGUUACGAACACAGGUCAAAGAAGAGAACCGAGAGAGUGGGAUAUUCGAUACAGAGGAUGACGACUCUGCUGCAGUGGCUAUGCCGGAGUUGGACGAUGUUUUGGGGCGUACCGAUGACAAGGUCCAGCAAGAGGCCCCACCCAGACCGGGCUCACCGGUUCCAGGGCUCCAGUCUAGCAAGGACAGCCAUAAACCGAUGCUAGCGGAGGAGAGCGGAACGUUCGAGUAUGACGAUAUCUGGGACACCCCCACCAAAGCCCCUCCACCAUACAAAGACGGCACACUUCAGUACAAGAAGGCAUCAGAAGAAGUUUCAUACGCAGUUCCCCACGAAGAGCACGAGAUCAAAAACAUUGUCUCCAGCGCGGUGGAUGAAUUCUGGGAACAGCGUCGCUACGGCGAACCAUUGGCCGAUCUCCAGCCUUCGGACACGUUCUUGAAAUCUGAGCCCCAGUCUGGGACAGACAUUGUGAAGAAGAGUCGACUUGUGUUCAAAAAACUGCUUUUUGACCUCACUGGGGAGGUCAUACGAAGUAUCUACCAGGACGACGAGUACGACUCGCCUGUUGCGUGGCAUAAACCUAAACAGCGGCGAAACAAGUUCUACAAGGGUUCCGCUCCACCAACUACAGUUGACGUGUUGAAACCGGUCGUGCAGCAGGCUGUGGUGGAAAUUUUAGGGUUGAAUGGUGCAAAGAAGGGUGCGGAGAAACCUAAAUGGGGGAUCAGAAAGAAGAAGGAUCUUGUUGAUUCUAUAUUGGUGCAGGAGUUACGUGAGGAAGAGCCGGACUGGGUAAAUUAUGACGACUAUGAGUUGGCAGUGAAAAUGCAGCUCACUGAGACCAUAUUUGAUGAUCUGCUCACAGACACUGUGCAAACAAUGAACAAGAUUUUCAGAAAAAAGCAAAUCAUUGAAGAGAAACGAAAGUCAGCAGUUUGAGGAAUGAUUUUUUGAAACUGGUUCAAUAGUAACUGAAGUCAAAAAUGGCUUAGAGUUUAAAUAAAUUCUGCAUAUCAUAUUUUUGCCAAGGCUGCAUUUUGUAUAGGAGUCAGUAUUGGACCAUUAACCACAAGCUUGUCAUGUAAGGACAAAUGUGCUUGGCUUCGAAAGACUCCUUGUACGAAGGGCGUGCAUUUAACUUAGCAUAGGCAGCAUUUCUUCUAAACAACGAAAUACAGUACAGCUUUGGGCCCUGUAAUGCAGUUUGGUGGUGAGUGUUAUCAAUAUUGCAGGUAUUUAGAGCAUGAAUAUUGCGUGGUUUCUUUGAACCACAUAAAAUAAUAAACUUACUUUGCCAAAUCUGUGAUUUGAUGGUACUGUUUAAUGUGCAUUGACAAUGUGGAGAGACGCCCGUCUUUGAUCGUUUGAACAAAGUGGAACUUAUAAUGGUUUAUGAGCAUCAAUCUUGUGGGCAAAAACUGUCUAGUUUUGUAUGUGUAAGUGCUCUUUUCUUACAAGAAAAUGUCAAUGUGAAAACCAGUAGCAAAGGUUUUAUCAAAACUGGGUGCUGGUCAUACAAGCAUGGGACAUGGAAAUACUUUUGUCAUUAUAAAAAAUAGGACAUCCUAUGCCCAAUGCAUUGGACAUACUUGAGUGGUUGUUCAGUCCAGUAUGCACAGACGCCAGGAUGCUAGCAGAAUGUUUGUGAACCAUGAAACAGAAGGGACUUUCUCAUACAAAGGGGUGCACUGGAACCAAAGUCAUCCUGAUAAAAAAAUACAUUUUGCAGGGAUUUAUAAACUGAUACUGUGAUAAAUGUGUUGUAUUUGACCACUUUAGAACUACAAGAGCACGUCCAACCUUAAAAUUGUGUUUCACAGGUUGGUGUGGCUUUUAAAAAACUAAUGUGGCAAUUUGUUUUUGUUUACUUUUUUUUAUAUUAUUCUCAGUGAAUUUAUUAACAUACAUUCAUAGCAGCUAUGGAAAUAUGUGAUUGUACUUUGUAUACAUAUGUCAAGAUUUAAUUUUAGAGAAUACUGAUUUAGAAUUGAUAUUUUGACACUUUUGUACCAUGUUUGCCAAUUAUGUACAUACUGGACUUUUUAUUUAUUAUCUUAACGUAAUAUUUAUUGGAGAGCAUAGAAUUGCUGUUAUUGUUUUGUUUGGUUUGGAUUUUUAGGUAUGAAUCGUCUAUUUGAAAUUUGUUUUGUCAGUCAUUUUCUAUGUGGACGUAAAUUAUUAAUUAUGAAAUUGAUAUUUAAAUCAAUAUAUUGUUUGAUGUUUUUAUCACAAUUUGUCAUGUUAGAUUUUUUCUUGCUAUUAAUUUUGAUCUGAUAAGAAACCAGAAUAAACAGAUCUGAUGUGAUAGAAUUAUGUUAGGUCUGACUUCACAGAUGUUUACUUAAAGCUUUUUUUAUACAAUGCAAUCAGAUCUAUGUACUUUCAUGUUAGUCUACAACAUAAUAGUAUGUAGUUCUUUAGUUGCAAUAUAGUAAAAAAAUGUAACAACAAUUUAAACAGAAAAUGUUGGAAAAGUUUCAGUAACAUUAUUACCGAAACACCACUGUAUUUGCACAUGUUUAAAGUUCCUGGAAAAUAUGAAGAAGAAAAUAAUGGAACAGCAAUUUUUAAAACCAACUGUAACAGUUGAUGCAUUAAUUGCUUCAAAUGCCAAUAGUUCAAUUCAUUAGUAUCAGCGCACCAUUCUUAAGUGUAUAUUUAUACAUUUUUUUUAUCUUUUACUAAUAAAGGCUAGAAAUGAACUAAGUACA